GGUUAGUUUGUCCUCUUCAUGUAUAAUUAUCUAUACAUAAGCGUCAUGCCUUCGCUUUCGUGAACAAUCAGAAAAAAACGAAUGUUUGUGAUCUCUUGAGUAGCAGUGUUUUCUUAGGCCUAGAAUCAUAUAAAUAUUUAUAUAAAAUACUGAUGUUGUGUAAUAAUUCUGCUUCACGACCUUUUCAUGUGAUUACUUUUGCAAACAGAUUCAUUCUUACAAAUGGUUAUAGAAACCCAUACAAUACAUGUAAAGCUCUAUGUUGUGUGAUGUAAGAGCCAAACAUCCAUUUGACAGUGUGUGGUCCCGGUACUUUCGGCUCUGACUGUGACAACUGCUGCCACUGUGACGGUGAGGUGUGUAACUAUGUGAGCGGCAUCUGUCCAAGUGGAAUGUGUAUGCUGGGCUGGUUUGGCAACAGUUGCAAUAUCAUAUGUCCAAUGGGAGAAUACGGACGACGCUGCUCCAAGCGGUGCACGGACAGACUGUGUAAGGACAGCACCUCCAGCUGUAACCAUGCAACUGGUGAAUGUUCAGGUGGAUGUCAGGCAGGCUACCAAACACCGGACUGCACACAGGAAUGCGUCGAUACGUAUGGAGACGAUUGCACAAGAAGCUGCUCAGCCAGACAUUGUAGAGACACGUCCCAGUCUGUAUGUGAUCACGUGACUGGAUGGUGUAAAGGAGGCUGUAGUCCCGGAUGGAAAGAUGUCGAUUGCACAACAGGCUGUGUCCAAGAUGUGGAGUAUGGUGCCGGAUGAAAAGGCUGCUGCAGAGCCCGGAUGUGUGACGGAGGGUCGGGCACCUGUCCCUGGGACACAGGCUUGUGUAGUGAUGGGUGCCAGUCAGGAUGGACAGGAGAGGAUUGUACCCAGAGUGGUAUGUGAUGUCAAGAUGUUAAAGGUGGACGCUGCGCACUCAAAACAAGCAAGUGUGAUUUAUUGAUGACACACGUCUUUAGCACAAUUCACCAUCAGCAAUUCAGCACACUCAGAAUUUACCUGUUGACCACUUGUGGAGUUAUUUAUAAGAAUGUAUGCCGGCGUAGAAGUUUCUUUAGCAUAGGAAUCAUUUUACUCAGUACGUGUGAGCAGUUUGCUAGGGUGAAAGAUUUUCU